AUGGUCGUUUCCCCCACUCCCUCAACUAAUAAUGAUCGUCAUUUGCUUAGGCAACAGAUAACAAGUCUCUUCAAUACCGAGCAAAUGAGUCUUUAUGCCCGGUUAUUGAAAAUACAUUCAGAACUAAAGUCUUUAGGACCGACUGAACUUAGCGAAGAGGAGUUUGUGGCUAUUAUCUCUUUAUUUAACCAAAAGUUGCCGUCAUACACCACGGCUACUAUCUUUAAAGUACUUUUGAUGGCCGAAAUAACGCCAACUCAGGCAGGACUGCUUUUAGACUUUAGUGGCAGUAAAAGGAAAGUUGAUGGGUUGUAUUGGAACAUAAAUUGGUCCUUUUUAGAUAAGUCCGUUCAAAUCAAAAGAUAUCUUGUUUUGUUUGUUAAAAAGCUAGUUAAGAGAAGUCCGUACUUUUCAUUUGAAGCCGCUCGGUUUCUCUUCUUGUUUAUUAGUGAUGAGGACGUUCAGAUAAGAGUUUGGGCCUACAUUGCUCUUUGCCGGAUUUACCGAUUGCUGUUUCAAAGCUGGACGCCAAGUCAGCAAGAAGUAUUUAAAAAGUCAGCCCGAUCACUUAGUUCUGAAAGUCUUAAGAUCCUGAAGAGUGAGUACCGGCGGCUGCGUAGGGGCAACACUGAAGUUAAGAUUAAAGCUGAGAAGGUUGGAUCUUUGCUACGUGUUAUUAUUAAGCAAGGCAAACUCCUUCGUCGUACAGGAGUGCGUAUUCGUCUUGAAGAGAAAGAGACCGUUGAGAUAGCAAGUCGACGUAAGUACACCACUAUCUAUACCAAAGUUCCUGAUAAAAUCGUAUGUUCUAUUUUUCACAACAAUACACUCUUAACUAGUAAAACAUGUCUCUUUGAUGAUAUCCCGAAGGACCAGUCCAAUCAUUAA